GGGGGCUUAGCCCUUGUACCGCCCGUCGCGCGCAAAACCCCCACCACGCCGCCGCCGCCGCCGCCGUCUCGUCAGCAAGCGCUGCCCGGAGAGAGAGAGAAAGAGAGACGCGCCCGCGCCAUGGGGAGGCCGAAGGGCGGCGCCGCGGCGUCCUCCUCCUCGUCGAAGAAGCCCAAGGCGAAGCCGAAGCAGCGCGGCGGCGUCGACUUCAAGAAGUACAAGCACAAGGUGGGGCGGAAGCUGCCGCCGCCGAAGAAUGCCACCGACACGGAGAUCAAGUCCAGAGCGAUCGUGCUGCCGGAGCAGAGCAUGGCGUCGGAGAGGGCUGGCAUGGCCGUGAACAAGCGCGGGCUCACGCUGCGGGAGCUCUUGCAGCAGACGGGCCACUACAAUGCCAAUGUGCGCCGAGCUGCGCUGAAUGGGAUAAAGGAUCUUGUUGCUAAGCAUCCAUCAGAGCUUAAACUUCACAAGGUUGCAAUUGUUGAGAAGCUACAGGAAAGAAUAUGUGACACUGACAAGGUGGUUCGUGAAUCCUUGUUCAGUAUACUGCAGUCUCUCGUCUUCCCAUCUUUGAAAGAGGACAAUGCAAUAUCGACACGCAGUACACUGUUUCUGCUGAUGGCCAAUAUUUUGAACGGAAUGACCCAUCUAUCCAUGGAUAUCCAGUUAAUGUCUUUCAGAUUUUUGGAGCUUGUUGUUAUUAAUUUCCCAUCCUCCUUUCCAGGAUACGCUGAACAGGUCUUCAACAACUUUCUUGCUGUACUGAGCAAUGACAGGAUUCAUCUCCAGGAUAAGAGUAAACUUAACAGUGUCCUUAGUGGGCUCGGGCAGUGUCUUUCUCAGGUUGCUUAUGCAACAGAAAAUGGUGAUGCAUCAAAUCGACUGGUUCAUAAUCUUUCUGGUAGGGAACUUUGGAAAUGUACUCUUGAUGAAGAUAACUCAGGAAGUAGAGCAUUUGCGAUGUCCAAUAUAUUAAUGAAGCUUCAAAACCUCUUCCAGAUUCUCGUUAAUUCUGUAGAGGUCUCAGUUUCAGAACUUUUUGCAAAGUCAACUAUUGAUGCUCAGUCAAGUGAAGCAUUAUUAUCAGCUCUUCACUGUCUGGAUCUAAUAUGUAACAUAUGUAUUCAAGAGGUAAAGAAACCUCAGAUGAAAUUUGGAAGAUCCAAAAUUCAGGUUGGACCUGAAUGGUUGAAAAGUUCCGUGUUAGUAUAUGCAAAGAAAUUGUGGGGAGUAAACCGUUCAUUCCACGAAAAGGGAGAUGACAGAUAUUAUGUUUUCAAUCUGAAGAUUGCUGAAAUAUUUUUGUGCUUGAGUGCAUGUAUGGACAACACCAUAUUUCCAGCUGAUGAAUUUUGCCAGUUUGUAUCUUCUCUACUUGCAAAGGCAAAAACACUUCGCAAUAAGGAUACCAUGGAAAAGCAUUUGAGCCCACUUAUAACUUUCAUACCAGAUCUUGUAUCCAAUGCCCCAGAUGACUCAAAAGGAUAUUUAUUAGAGGCAUUUACAGAUGCAUUCUGGGAUUGCAAGGUGGAUUGCAAGCUGAUUUUCCCAUAUUUGGAUGCAGUGGGAAAAAUGCUGUUUCCUGAAAAAACAGGAAUAUUAUUUGUGGAAAAUGAUUCAGGCUCUGAAUACCAUGGUGUGUGGGUAAAAGAGCUACCUGGAAUUCUACUACAAUCAAUUGACAAAGCCCCCUCAGUAACAAAGGUUGUUUUGGAGCUACUUCUAAGAAUUGGACAGUACUUCCCCACAAUGGAGUUUGGAAAUCUGCGUUCCUUCAUUAAGUUAUUUGGUGUUAAAUCAUCAUCAGGAACCAUAGAGCUUGGUCCAUUCGUUAACCUUCCACGUGAUUGCCAAGAACUUGCCAUUUCAUGCCUUUAUUACUUCUCCAACCUGCUUCCCGACACAAUGGAGCUGUUGGCUUCUUGUUGCUUAAGUGAUGUGCUGGAACCCACCAUAUUGUUUAGAAUUAUUGAGGUUCUACAGUCAACAUACAAGGCUGGGAAUUUACAUAUAACAGAGCAACUCAGUUUCUUGUCAUUGCUAAUGGCACGAUUCAGAGUUCAUCCUGGGUCUUUCUCUACCCAGGAUAAUUCCCAGAAGGGCUCAAAUAUGAAUACUUUUAAAUCAUUGAACCGCCUAAUUUUAAAUUCUCUAUCUGAAAUGGGUGAUGGCUCCCUGGUUCUUGAGUUAAUGUGGGAUAAUUUAUCUAAAGAGAUUGCACAGAUACCAUCUUUACAUAACAUGAAUGGAUUGUUUAGAAUUAUUGUCACACUUGAUGCAGGAACUUGUAAGCUCAUGAACGAAGAUGCUAUAAAAAUUAUAGCUGGCUACUUGAUUGAUGCUGCUAUGGAUUUGUCUAAAACCAUUGAGCUUGGCUUUCAAUCUGAUAGGACAAGACUAUUUCAAUACUUUAUAAAGCCUUGCAUAAUCAUAUUUUGCCAGAACGAGAAGGUUCUUUGCUGCGCAUUGGAGAUGCUUAAAUCUUUCGCAACAGGAGAUGACCACGUGCUUUCAUCUGCAUCCAAGUUAAACUACCCAGGAGAGCUUUCACAUCGAAUUUGUGUUGUCACAACUAUACUCAUAUUCUUAUGCAAUGAUGGAAAACUCCAUAAAAACCUUUCUUUGGGCAAAUGUGUUAUUAAAGGUAUCCUGCAACAUACAAGGCAUCUCAUGGAUUCUAAUGUUCUUGAUGUAACAUAUGAGGACAAGCAGAAGUUAAGAUUUGCAUUUGAGCAACUAAAGACGAAAGCAUUGCAGUUGAACUGCUGGGACAGAAGUGAGCUGGAAGGGUUUUCAAGCACCACGUAAAUAGUACCAAAUACUAAUGGUACUGCCGUAAUGUGAAACCUUACUCUGCACGGGAUGAAAAUUUUGACGAACUGAAGGUGAAGAUGGAGAGUGGACAUGGUGACUGGUGAGGGGCAGAAGGAUAUGUGCCAUCCGACCUGCGUCAGACUCCAGUAUACACCUCUGCUGUUCAGCUGUUACCAACACUUUACGAAGGUGGCCGGAAAAUGCAUUGUUCACAUGUUGGGAACGAGGUGGUCCACUGGUCCAUGUAUCAUUGUGGUACAGCGCUUGGUUUUGAUGCAACAGAAUUGCAGUUUAGACUGCUCAAUAGACCAUAGGUUAUUUCACCGAAAGGUUUACAUUUCAACCUACAUGUCCAUGUAAGAAUCCCGAUGUAAAUGUAGAAAUUUUGUUUUGGAAGUUCAUUUCGGGCCUCUCAUGUCA